GGAAAGGGUGCCAAAGAGUAACUGAAGAUAUACACCGAAAAGAUGCAGAUGUUGCCCAGUCUUAUAGAUGUUAUUAAUCCAUACUUGUGACAAGCAUUCUUUGGACUGUUGUGAACAGCGUUCUCUUGGAGGAGCUCUUUAUCAUGUGCUUGUUUCAACAGGUGAAACAGACUUGAGCUGAGGAUCAAAGACUACUGCAUGUGAACAUAUCAUGCAGGAAGAAAUGACGAAUGAGGAUGAAACAAAGCAGACCAGCGAAAAAGAACAAGAAGACCUUGUAACAGAUGUUUCAGCUGUUGAUUUUAAGCAUGGACCUGACAAUCUGCUUUCUUCCAGUGUCAGUGGAAGGUCUCUUACUGUGAGCAAUUCUACUCCAGCUAAAGGUGAUGGGAAUGACAACACGAAAUUUAAAGGAGUGAGAUUGCCAUGCAUGCCUUCUCGUGUCCUUCAUCUUCGUCAAAUUCCAGAUAAUGCCACUGAAGCAGAUGUCAUUUCACUAGGGCUCCCUUUUGGCAAAGUAACCAAUGUGCUGAUUCUAAGAGGAAAAAGUCAGGCUUUUUUGGAAAUGGCCUCUGAGGAAAAUGCUAUUAGUAUGGUGAACUACUGCUCUUCUGCUAUACCUCACAUCCACAAUCAGCCUGUGUAUAUUCAGUAUUCCAAUCACAGAGAACUUAAGACUGACAAUAUACCUAGUCAAGCUAAUGCUCAAGCUGCACUGCAAGCUGUGAAUACUGUGCAGUAUGGAAACGUGGCUAUUACAAGUGCUUUUGCUCCUGAAGGUGGGGUCUCUCCAAGUCACAGUUCUGUUCUUCGAAUCAUUGUUGAAAAUGUUUUCUACCCUGUCACUUUAGAUGUGCUGUAUCAGAUUUUCUCUAGGUUUGGAUUUGUCUUGAAGAUUGUCACCUUUACAAGGAAUAAUCAGUUUCAAGCUUUGAUCCAGUAUGCUGAACCAGUGAAUGCAUAUUAUGCCAAAAUGGCUCUGGAUGGCCGAAAUAUCUACAAUGCAUGCUGCACUCUACAUAUUGAUUUCUCAAAGUUAACAAGCCUUAAGGUGAAGUACAACAAUGAGAAAAGCAGAGAUUUCACUCGCUUUGACCUUCCAGCUUCUGAUGUCCAACUACCCCUGGAUCCAGCCAUAAUUGCUGCCUUUGGGUCCGAAGGUAUCAUCUUCCAACCACAUGUAGGGACUAGUGGAUUUGGCCCGUUUGCAUACAUUCCUCAAGUCACCACAUCUGUGGCAUCUGUACGGAUGAGUAACCCAAGUGUUCCAGGAAAUUCUGUUUUACUGGUCAGCAACCUCAACCCUGAGGCCAUCACACCGCAUGGACUUUUCAUCCUAUUUGGUGCCUAUGGCGAUGUGCUUCGUGUGAAGAUCAUGUUUAAGAAUAAAGAAAAUGCUUUGGUUCAGAUGGCAGAUGCAACCCAGGCUCAAAUAGCUAUCAGCAACUUGAAUGGACAGAAGCUUUAUGGGAAGUUUAUGCGUGCAACUCUUUCAAAACAUCAGAAUAUUCAACUCCCUCGUGAAGGAGAAGAUGACAACGGUCUGACGAAGGACUACAGCAAUAGCCCGUUACAUCGCUUUAAGAAGCCUGGCUCUAAGAACUUCCAGAACAUCUUUCCUCCAUCUGCCACUCUACAUCUCUCCAACAUCCCGACUUCUGUUUCUUUUGACGAUAUUAAGAGUCUUUUUGCACGUACUGGAUCUACUGUGAAAGCCUUCAGAUUUUUCCAGAGAGAUUGCAAAAUGGCUCUUAUCCAGCUGGGCUCUGUGGAAGAAGCAGUUCAUGCUCUCAUUGAACUUCACGAUUAUGACCUCGGAGAAAAUCAUCACCUCCGAGUUUCCUUCUCAAGAUCUACAAUUUGACUUUUCUGUGAACAUUCCUUUUAAAACUGCACUGCAGUUUUCUUACUCUCAUCAAAUAGAGACUGAAGUAGCUGUGACCAAUUCUGCUCUUAAAAGAAAAAUCUUGUUCGUACACACAGCAAAGAAUUAGGGGAUAAUCUUUUCUGAUUUCAGCUGCCAGUAUAUGAUCAAAUCUUAUUAUUCAUCAAUAAAAAGAUUAAAUUUCUUUAGAAAUAA